AUGGAGGAAUCACAGAGGGAUCAAAAACCAGAGGCAGAUGAAGCUUCAACAGAAGAGAAAAAGAAAGGAGUGGAACUAGAUACAAUUCUCAUCAAAGAGCUCGGGCAGUUUGGGAAAUAUCAGCUACGGACUUUCUUGUUGUCAUCUGUCUUGGUCCUCUUUAUUGCGUUUAGCUCUGUGGAAUAUAUUUUCACAACAGCUCGAAUUGCUACCAGGUGCUUAAUCACGGAGUGUGAAGAAGAAUCAACAGAGUUCUCCCCAUACUGGUUGGCAAACGCUGUGCCGCCUGGAGCAAGUGAAGCUUCCUACGAUAAUUGUCAGAGAUAUGGCAACUUGACAGCAUUGUCCAGACUGGUCGAGAGUGACACUUGUCCCAGCGCACUCUUCGAUCGCAAUACGAGAAUUCCUUGCGAUGAGUUCGUCUACCAAAACACCCACUCCGUCGUGUAUGAUUUUGGACUGGCCUGUGAUGAGUGGCGACGGACGCUGAUCGGCACGAUGCGCACCCUGGGUACUCUCACCGCGCUGCCGGUCGCUGGGUUCAUAUCGGAUCGAUGGGGUAGACGAGUUGCCCUUACCAUUACUGCAUUCAACACGGCAUGGAUUGGAGUCACACGAUAUUGGGCAAACACCUACAUCGGCUUUAUACUGUCUCAGUUUUUUGAGUCUACUUUCGGAUCUGGUGGAUUUUCCUGCGUUUAUAUUUUGAUGUUAGAGUUGGUCGGUCCAAAAUACCGCGUGGCUGUUGGAGCUGCAAUGAACACAUGCUUUGCUAUUGGACAAGUAUUGAUGGGAUUUAUUGCCUGGGGCGUUCCUAAUUGGAGGAAACUCACGCUGACACUCUACAUUCCGCAGUUAAUCACUAUCUCCUACUACUGGCUCAUCAGUGAAUCUGUGCGCUGGUACAUGAGUAAGGGCCGUUUCGACGAUUCCGAGGCUCUUCUUAGAAAAGUGGCCAAGGUGAAUGGAAAACAAAUAUCUGAGAAAUCCUUGGAAGCUUUACGUCAUACAGCAGAGGAGAAGUUGAGAAUCAGUGCUGAAGAAGCAGCAAAGCAAGGUGGUGGGUCCUGGUUAGUGGUACAAGUUUUCAGACAUAAAAGAAUACUUCUUCGUGUGCUUGUAUCCCCAGUAUGGUGGAUUACGACCACGUUUAUUUACUAUGGACUGUCACUCAAUGCUGUGAAUAUGUCUGGCAACAGAUACUUGAACUUUGUGGCUGUGUCAGCAGUUGAGAUCCCUGGAUUUUGGAUUUCAUACUUUCUUAUGGACAGAAUUGGAAGAAAGCCUGUGUUGACUGGCGCUUUCUGGUUAUGCGCUGCUUGUCAGAUUGCAUACAUAUUUAUUCCACAAGAUUUAUAUGCAGCAUCACUCACAGUAUACCUUAUUGCAAAGUGCUCAAUAGCAAUAGUUGCAACGUCAGUAUAUGUUUAUACUGCUGAGCUUUACCCUACGAAACAUAGACACAGCUUGUUUGCUUUCUCUUCGAUGAUGGGAAGAAUCGGGUCCAUAAUUGCACCCUUAACACCUGCUUUUGGUGCCCAAUGGUUCGAAGAACUGCCUUUUGUGUUAUUUGCCUCCUUCGCUUUGGUAUCUGGAAUCCUAAUCUUUUUAACACCAGAGACACUAGGCACUACGCUACCAGACACUUUAGAGCAGGCUGAAGACAUUGGACGUCAAGAAACCAGAAAAUAA